CAAUGUGACCUGCCUGAAACUUGGGUGCUCCUUCAGUCUGAAUAUUGAUGGCAAGACAAAGGGGCUCCUGGGCCAUGGGUGAGGUGAUAGAGAAGAAUUUGGAAGGGCCUCUGGCGCCUGCUAUAGAAGAGAACUCCCAGAACAAGGGAGACUUGGAAAUCUUAAAUGGGGAGAAGGUGAAAUUUGAUGAUACGGGACUUUCCUUAAUUCUUCAGAAUGGCCUGGAGACCCUCCGAGUGGAAAAAGCUCUGACAGAUGUCAUCUUGUGUGUGGACAUUCAGGAAUUCUCCUGCCACCGCGUGGUGCUCGCCGCAGCCAGCAACUAUUUCAGGGCCAUGUUCUGCAAUGAGUUAAAGGAAAAGUAUGAGGAGAGGAUCAUUAUUAAAGGGGUUGAUGCUGAAACCAUGCACAUUCUCCUGGAUUACACAUAUACCAGCAAGGCGUUGAUCACGAAGCAGAAUGUCCAGCGGGUUCUGGAAGCUGCCAACCUCUUUCAGUUCCUGCGGAUGGUGGAUGCCUGUGCUAGUUUCCUCACUGAAGCCUUGAACCCAGAAAACUGUGUUGGAAUCCUGAGGCUGGCAGACACACACUCCUUGGACAGACUAAAGAAGCAAGUACAAAGUUACAUCAUUCAAAACUUUGGGCAGAUUCUGAACUCUGAGGAGUUCCUUGAACUUCCUGUGGACACUCUGUACCACAUCUUGAAGAGUGAUGAUCUUUAUGUGACUGAGGAAGCUCAGGUAUUCGAGACUGUGAUGAGCUGGGUGCGCCACAAGCAGUCAGAACGACUCUGCCUUCUCCCCUGCAUCCUUGAGAAUGUGCGCCUGCCACUUCUGGACCCAUGGUACUUUGUGGAGACAGUCGAAGCAGAUCCUCUCAUCAGGCAGUGCCCAGAGGUCUUCCCACUGCUGCAGGAAGCCAGGAUGUACCACCUUUCUGGCAAUGAGAUUAUUUCGGAGCGCACCAAGCCCAGGAUGCACGAGUUCCAGUCAGAGGUGUUCAUGAUCAUUGGUGGCUGCACGAAGGAUGAACGAUUUGUGGCUGAGGUAACCUGCCUGGACCCCCUGAGGCGCAGCCGCCUGGAGGUGGCCAAGCUCCCACUGACAGAGCAUGAGCUGGAGAAUGAGAAUAAGAAGUGGGUGGAAUUUGCAUGCGUGACAUUAAAAAAUGAGGUCUACAUCUCAGGUGGCAAAGAAACACAGCAUGAUGUUUGGAAAUAUAAUUCUUCAAUCAACAAAUGGAUUCAGAUUGAGUAUUUAAACAUAGGCCGCUGGAGGCAUAAGAUGGUGGUAUUGGGUGGUAAGGUCUAUGUGAUCGGUGGUUUCGAUGGCUUACAGCGGAUCAACAAUGUGGAGACCUAUGAUCCCUUCCACAACUGCUGGUCAGAGGCUGCACCCCUCCUGGUCCAUGUCAGUUCCUUCGCAGCUACCAGCCACAAGAAAAAGCUGUAUGUGAUUGGGGGUGGACCCAAUGGAAAACUGGCCACAGACAAGACUCAGUGUUAUGACCUUUCCACCAAUAAAUGGAGUUUGAAGUCAGCCAUGCCAGUAGAAGCUAAAUGUAUCAAUGCAGUGAGUUUCCAGGACCGAAUCUAUGUUGUUGGUGGGGCCAUGCGAGCGCUGUAUGCCUACAGCCCCCUGGAAGACAGCUGGUGCCUGGUGACCCAGCUCAGCCAUGAGCGGGCCAGCUGCGGCAUCGCACCCUGCAACAACCGGCUCUACAUCACCGGUGGGAGGGACGAGAAGAAUGAGGUCAUUGCCACUGUGUUGUGUUGGGACCCCGAGGCCCAGAAACUGACCGAGGAGUGCGUGUUGCCCCGGGGAGUGUCGCACCAUGGCAGCGUCACAAUCAGGAAGUCAUACACCCACAUCCGGAGGAUUGUGCCAGGAGCAGUGUCUGUGUGACAGGAGGUGCCCCCGGCUUGCUGUGGGGCACCUAGGAAACCACACAGGAAUGUUCUCACGAGCUACCUCAGGAGGAAAAGCACCUGCCUACCCUGGUCCUAAUGCCUGGCACUUUCCCAUAGCAACCUAUUCAGCUUAGCCAAGGUUAAAGUACCUGGUUCCUGGAUAUUACCACUCGUGCUUUACAGAUAAGAAAAUUGAGUUUCAGAGAGGCUAAGAAACAUGGACCAGAUCACUCAGCAAAUACCUAAGCUAGUCUGCAUGGAUGUUUUUUUCCAUUUUAAAGCCAGUGUCCUUCCCACCAUACUUAGACCCAGAAACACAAAAGCAAACCCCCAAAUGUAGCCAAUGACUUGUUCUCGCAAAUCUCCUCUCAAGAUUCACUCAGCAAGACAGAGAAAAUACAUGUUUCUCUUUCUUUUCUUUUCUUCCUUCUAUCCUUUAUAGGAAAUCUUUCACCCUGGAGACUUUGGGUCCCAUUUCAAGAGCAUUUCAUAGACUCUUCCAUAGUCUAGGCCUGUGGGGGACAGUUUGGAAAGGCAUGUUUGCUUUGAACAAGCUAAAAUCCUUGCUCUUUUUUCUUUCCCACAUGGAAAUCUCUGUUUUUGAAGCCCAUUUUGGAUGAGAACUAUCACUGCUGGACAGAAUGACCUUCCCUGUAACUCUGGUGACCUGCCUCUUAAUGUUGUACUGUUGAGACAAGAGGUUCAAAUUACUGAUUUUUUGUUCCAUUUUUAAUUCUUGCUGGUCCUGGGGCUUGAACUCAGGGCCUGA